AUGCAGGGUUACAAAAUUCCCUUCCUCCAACUUCCAACACUUUUUGUCAAGAGAAACAAUACUUCUGCUCGUGAGAAUAGUGAUUUCUGUUUCGCAAGCUGUCAGCGAUUUACUUCGCUCGGUCCUAAUUGCAUAACUUGCUUGUAAGCCCGAUAUCAUUAACCCACUUUCAGUUUCUACCCGUAGUUCGGGAAAGCAAAGGCUCGUUUUGAAUCUUCGACAUGUCAGCCAGUUAAUAUACGAGCAGAAGUUCAAAUGUGAAGAUCUGGGUGUCGUUACGCAGUUGUUUUGAUCGUAAUUAUUACUUGUUUAAAUUUGACCUUCAGUCUGGUUAUCACCACAUUGAAAUUUUCCCAGACCACAGAAAAUUUCUCGCUUUUGCUUGGGAUUUUGGGAACGGGGUUUCAAGAUAUUUUCAGUUCUGAAAAUUUUCAGAGCUCAUAGAGCCUCUGUGCUUCCUUUCGGGUUUUCUUUAGCCCCGUAUGUUUUCACUUCGAUUUUUAAGCCAUUACAGAAAUCGUGGAGGAGCCAGGGCAUCCCGAUAGCUAUUUUCCUCGACGAUGGUUUAGGAGGGGGAACAGAUUUUGUUUCUGCUAAAGUUAACAGUUUAGUCGUCCAUUCAGAUUUGCUCAAGUCUGGAUUUGUUCCUAAUGAGGAAAAGUCCCUUUGGGAGCCUCUCCUAGUUAUCACCUGGUUGGGUGUGAUUCUCGACACUAUUGAUGGGACUAUACAAGCAACCGACAAACGUAUUGAAAAGUUAAACGCUGGCCUUGUUGAGCCACUGUCUUGUCAACCUCCCUGGAAAGUGCCCGUGAAGGGAGUCGCCAUUGUAACGGGUCAAAUAAUUUCCCUCUCUCCCUGUGUGGGUUCCUUCGCCCGUAUUAUGACUAGAUUUCUUUUCUUGGUCGUGAAUUCGGCGCGCUCUUGGGAAAGCGAAGUUUUUCUCUCAGACGACUCUCUUUCAGAAAUCAGUUUCUGGAAGAACAACUUGGUAUUCUUCAAUAGCAAGGUUUGUUCGUCGGUCCAGUCCCUUCCGGUCAGGGUCACCUUUUCAGAUGCCCCCAAUUCGGCUUGUGGUGCUUUCGUAAAAGAAUCAAAUUUAGUAUUUUAUCAGAACUGGUCUCCUGUAGUGCGUGCCUAA